AUGGAAAACCAGGCAAUUGAACGUCGUGUAGUUAGGUCUCAACAAGUUCAUACCUGUAGCAGGGCAACUUGUUUGAGAUUUGAUCGGCAUGGACAACUGGUUUGCAAGAGACGUGCUCCUUGGUUAUUAACACCUACCAACAUCAUCGACGAACAUGGCAGAUGCAAUCCGAAACGAACAUAUGCAUUUCUCAACAAUUUUUGUCCUGCAAUAACUACAACACUCCAUUGCAACAAUGAUAUCAAACUCCUCACCAAUGGUAGUGAUACGAAGGAUGUUGCAUGGUAUUUUACAGACUACUCGACCAAGAAACAGAACAAGAACAACAAUGUGUCUGCUUUGAUGGCGAGUACACUGUUGUAUCAUCAGGAACAUUCAAAUCAUCUUGACGACGUGGUCAAUCAUAACCGUCUGUUAUUGUUCCACUGCCAGCAUGCUAUCAAUCGCGAAAUGGAACAUUCAGGACCACAAGUCAUUGCGUAUCUUAUGGGAUGGGGGAAUGCAAUAUACUCGCACCAUUAUGUGCCAUUAUAG